CUGUUUUUUUUUUUUAAUGCAACUUUAUCGCAAAUUAACACUUAAUGUAAACCAGAUCUAAUAGUGCCAUUAUAUUAGCUACGUAGUAGCCAUGUUUGAAAUCAAAGAACUUGUAAAAAUGCGUAAACAAACUGCGAUUACUGGCUAAAUUGCUGCUAAAGAAGUUCAUAAAUUUCUUUGGUGUUUAAAGAUGAUGGAAAAGGGGUCUAUUGUUAGAAGACCAGCAGAGAGAUUUUUGACGAAUGGAGAUUUCGCAACAUCAGGUGUUCCUAUUGUUUGCGUCACUGCACAAGAUUAUCAUGAUGAUGAAAGUGAUGAUGAACUGCUUAAUAUUUUACCGCUUCCAGCAUCAAAGUAUAGAUACUCCAAAUGGUCAGAACUUGAAGAUACCGAGAUUACAUCCAACAUGUUAAGAACACCUCGGAUACGAAAACCUCCAAGUGGUUUCAAAAAAGACACAAUAUGGAUGCUGGAAGAGCAAGAACGAGCUGCACUGGCAGAAGAUGGGGAAUUACCUGACCGGUAUCAAGCCGUACCUAAGAAAAAAAGAUGGGGUCGAGGAAAGAAGAAGGACUACCAAAAUAAAUUGGAAAAUUGGGAACAGUGUGAGUGCGUAAAUUUAUCAUACCAAGACCUUGGCCACCCUUACCAAAUGAAAGAGUUUUUAAAAGUUUUGCGAAAACUUAUUCGUGCUGAAAUGAUUGAACUACUGGAAGAUUCAUUAUCUGAUCUUUCAACUGUGUGCUUUCCCCGAUGUAAAUAUUUAUACCUGCAGAGAAAUCAGUUGAAGAAUCUCAAGAAACUUCCUAAGUUGACCAUUAUUGAACAUCUUUCAUUACAACAAAACAAUAUCACGAAUUUGAACGGUUUGGAAGCAUUGAAGCAGACGAGGCUAAAGUCGUUGACAUUGAAAGAAAAUCCUGUAUCGCUUCAACCUUCUUACAGACAAAGCGUGUUCGAUAUACUACCUAACUUGCUACUUCUGGACGAUUUACCUCGAUUACCCGCAGACAUGAGUGAUGAUAUUGCAAGAUCAUGUUGUAUCACCUAGCCUUGGUGUGUCCUUCAUUACUCCUGCAUUGAAAUGUUGGUAGAUACUAAUGCUCAUUAAGUGGAUGAAAGAAAGAAAACUCGCGCGAAACCAAUGCAUUGAUGAACACGCAGGAAAUGUGGAAGAUGUUUUAAAUUUCAAACUUGUGAGAAGAUUCCCUCCUGUCAAAGAGCAAAGUACAAGGAUAAAAUAUGUUAUGACUCAUCGAGAACAUUAUCGAGUACAAAUUAUGUGCACAGUUGUUAAUUUGGUAUUCUCGUUUUCACAUCGUGAGUGAAAAAUGCGCUGACUGUAAUAUGAGUUGCUGUGAGAAAUUUUAAAACAAAACUGUUAUAUUUUAAUUAUUAUUGACUGUCAUACAAGCAUCGUGUCAAAAUAGAAAUCUUUUCAACCAACAUGGUUUCCAGGUCCCCUACUUAAAUCUUGGUGUCAGAAAACAUAAAGGCUAACGAAGGCUUAUAUUUAGAUUUUUUUUCUGAAAAGGGAAACUGUCUCAGCACACACACAGAGUUUUUUUUGGAAAGAAAAACUGCACCGAUUUCAGUGUAAAUCGUAUUUGCUUGAAUCAAAGAAAAAAAGGUUGUUUAUUUUUUUCGUGGCGUUGGUGAUGCGAUGAGUUCUCGAUCUUUUUUCGUGAGAAGUCUCUAUUACAUAAAUUUGUAUUUUAAUACAUUGUAGAUAAAUUGUAUAUUUUGAAUAUUUUUUGUAAAAAAAAAGUGAUAUAUAUGGUUCUGGAAA